CUUAUUACAGACAACAGCUGAAACGCCACGCACCUCAAACGGCUUACCUAGUCAAUAAAUAAGGUACCAUCAAACUCGCUCACGAUAUUUGUUCAGACUUCAAAGAUAUUCUUAGAUAAUCGCGAACUCAUUCAUCUGAAGCUCAGACAUCAUCGUUAUUUGGAUCUCGUCGUCCUCCACUUUAUUUCUUUUACCCACAAAAGUGGAAAUCACAGAAUGAUAGAAAAAAAGUAAAAGCAACUGGACAAAAAUUUGUAACCAUCGAAACUCGACAGUAGUAGUAUUUGCAUGAAUAGCACUCAUAAAAAUACCAAUUCAAACUAGUAGCUUUUAUAGUCUUUUUACCCUUUUCUUCUUUUCACAUUUGACAAAUCAAUUUUUAUUAAUAGUGCUUUGGUAUCUUUGUUCAUAGUAUCACUGUCAGCAGCAUAUCUUGUGUGUCGCAUGUUUGGCGUGUUUUGCGGAAGGCCUUUUGUCCCAAAACAGUAUGAGGUACCCCAGAACCAUCACCAGCUGCUGCAACCGAGCAACUCUCAAAUCCUCUGGGAAAAAUGGGAUUGAUUUCAAAUCUCAUGCUCUAUUAGUCCUACUUUUCCUCUGCUCUGUUUUUCCCUUCGUCCCUUGUAGUGCUUGCUCCAAUGGUAAUUGCCAGCUUCUGGACGCUUGUGCCACUCCAACUGAUUGUGGGCCUGGCUUGUAUUGUGGAAACUGUCCUGCAGUUGGAAAGACUCAACCUUUUUGCACAAGAGGGCAAUCCGCUAGCCCUUCUUCAAUUAUCAAUGGGUUGCCUUUCAACAAAUACACAUGGCUGGUGACCCAUAAUGCAUUUUCGAUUGUGGAUGCACCGUCCAGGACGGGUGUUCAAAGAAUUACAUUUUACAACCAAGAGGACUCCGUAACAAAUCAAUUGCUGAAUGGAGUGAGGGGAUUGAUGUUGGAUAUGUAUGAUUUCGAGGAUGAUAUCUGGCUCUGUCACUCGUUACGUGGGCAAUGCUAUAACUUCACAGCCUUUGAACCUGCAAUUGACACUUUAAAGGAAGUGGAAGCAUUCUUGAAUAAUAACCCGAAUGAGAUUGUCACCAUCAUAAUUGAGGACUAUGUCCAUUCCCCCAGAGGAUUGACCAAAGUAUUCGCCAAUGCAGGGUUGGACAAAUACUGGUUUCCCCUUUCUAAGAUGCCUAAAAAGGGUGAGGAUUGGCCCUCUGUCACCGACAUGAUAAAACAGAAUUAUCGGUUGGUGGUUUUCACUUCUGAUUCUUCGAAAGAGGCAAGUGAAGGAAUUGCCUACCAAUGGAAGCACAUGGUGGAAAAUGAAUGUAAGAAUUGCAUCAUUUUUGUUCAAUGUGAAUUUGGAAUGUAUUGCUCUUUACAUCGGUUAUGUGGUACGUUUUCAGCUGGAGAUCCUGGUGUAGUACCUGGUUCGUGCCCAAAUAGGAAGGAAUCGAAGCCACUCAAUUCGCAUACCGCAUCUCUUUUCCUGAUGAAUUAUUUUCCAACCAUUCCAGACCAGAAUGAGGCAUGCAAGGAGCAUUCGGUUUCCCUUGUUGAUAUGGUUAAUACUUGUUACAAAACAGCAGGCAAUGUCAUGCCUAAUUUUGUGGCUGUGAACUUUUACAUGGUACUAAACUUUAACCUGGAAAUGUUUGUAAAUUUGUCUAGUUUAACCAAAAAAAGAAUUGUCAAGUCCUGUACUUAAGCAUUCUAACAUUGUAUUAUGCAGCGGAGUGAUGGUGGAGGUGUCUUUGAUGCCAUCGAUAGGAUGAAUGGCCAAACGCUUUGCGGAUGUCCUACUAUCACUGCCUGCCAGGUUUGUUGGCCUAUCCUUGGACCAAAUAGGUCAUUCAUUAUCCAAACACAGAAACAAUGAUUCCAAUGAAAAUGCCAUCAUUUGUUUUCAUUUGAUUGUAAACAUGUUCAAAGUAUCAUUCCUUCAACUAUUUAGUUGUAACAUUUAGAAAUGUAUCAGGCGGGAGCACCAUUCGGAAGUUGCAAGCAGAUUCCUACCUCUAACACAACACAAACUUCCACCGAUCCAGCUGGAAGCUUUUCUGGGUCUGUUCAAUUGAUUGGAGCAGCUUCGACUAUCCAGUUAUCGAGCCUUACAACUGUAUACUUGUACACUGUUUACAUCACAUUACUGCUGUUAUAGCAUAGAAACGAGUAGUUUUAAGGUAGUAAAUUUAUUAGCUAAACCCUGAGUCAUUGGCUUCUAUUUAGUUGUUUGUAAAAGGCAUUGGACUUAGUAAUAGUAUAGUGCGAUACUGCAUCUUAGAGUGCCAUACUACGCUUCUGAGACAAAGAUUUUGUUACGGAUCGAGAAGUAGGUAUGUAAAGCUCAUGUAGCCGAGGAUGAAAUGUACAAGAAUGUGGUAAUGCAGGAUUCUUGCAUGCCUCAUCAUUUGUCCUAGGUGCGCUUUCUGCAGACAGGUUUCCCUCCCAUACAACAAACUACAUAUGGGACAUGCUUGAAUCUUGUAUUCCUGCUAAAAACCGUUACUGCUUGUACCAUCAAUCAAGAUUAGGUGUUUUCCACUUCAAGUUAGUGUUAAGCAGGCAAGUUUUUUCUGUCUAUCUGUUUGACUUCUGCUUACUGUUAUAUGAAUUGAUGCCAAGGAAGAAAGCUUGUGUUCAAAAUUCAAUCCACAAAAGAGUGCCUGUGUGUAUUGGAUUUGUGUUUUCUGCGCUCUUAAAGGAGCAAUAGCUGUCUACAUUCUUAACACAAGUGUCUUAUGCAUCGGAUGCUGUGUAUCAUGUCUACUAUU